AUGCUCAAUCAUGCUGAAAUCAGUGACAACUUGUCUUGUGCUAGUGAGGGGGUAUCCCCAUCCAACAAUAAUGAAAUCACUAUGCAGUCCUCCGAAGGAACAACACCAUCCUCCUUACCUCCUCUACCAGAAGCCAGCCUUGUCCGAGGAUUGGUAGAUGAUACUACCAGCACCGUAGACUACAAUCUUAAACCUGUAAUCCAACUGGGGUCCCCGGAAGAGUUGGAUCUUGGUAUGGAACAAUGUGAGACUCUCAUCAGUCUUGAGCACGAGCAUAAACUAUUGGCUCAGUUUUGGGAUUGGCAACGAAUGCAUCUGCCUUACGUUGCACCAGUUCCCUUUCUCUCCGCGUAUGCAAUCCACUCUGAAUCCGUUCACCCUGGAGAAGCAAUACCAUCACCACCACUUCCACCUCCAGACGCAUUCGCUGCGACGGCUCUGAAUGUCCCGAGAGCAUCAAGUGUCCAACUUACGUCCGAUCUUGCGCAUUAUAUCAGCCCGUUAUUGCUAUACUCUAUGUUCUCGAUUGCAGCUCUCUUCCACGGAGAUCCAGAAACGAGUACAAUUUUCUACAAAAAAACGAAGGAGCUAUUGUUUACUGAAGCUCAGAACCCAAAAUUAGCUAGCGUUCAGGCCGUAUGUCUCAUGUCAACUUGGGAACUUGGUCACGCAAGGUCUCCAGCUGCUUGGUCAUUAAUCGGCGUUUCACUAUCCUUAUGUAUUCGACUCGGUCUGAACAUCGACGCAACACCACUUCUCCAAAGUGGAGCGAUCUCCCAACGACUAUACGAGACACGGAAUUUUGUGUUUUGGGCUACUUUCAACACCGAAAGUGACAGAUUUUAUGCAGUAUGUAUGGGCAUGCGGCCUUUAAUCGAUCGACGAAUUAUUAGUACCCCAAAGUAUUCCUCCCGUACAGCCGAUCCUAUCGAAUCCAAAAUAUCCAUUCCCAGCAACGCUUCUAUGACGUGGUGGAGUCCUUCAACACUUGGAAUGGGUGAUGUACUUCUCCAAGCUGCUUGGGAUUCGAUCAGGCAAUUAAUUCAGAUGAUGGAUGAUCUAUUGGAUAGCGUGUAUACAGAGGCACCGAGACGCACAGCACAAGAGAUACUCGAGCUUGUUACUAGAAAUCAUUUAGUCGUUCAAAAAUUUAUCGAUAGCCUUCCGACAUGGUUACGCUCAACGGGAGCUAUCAAGCGCAAAGACAGUGGCCUAGUGUAUCUCCACUUGUUCAUACACUUAACAAGUAUACUUAUAAAUCGCCCCUUUCUUUCUGCACAUCACUCGGCCCAAGUGCCUCUAACUCGCCAAUACCGAACGCUUGCAUUCCGAAUUGCUCGUGCGUCCGCACUCCAAGUCUCAUCCCUGAUCCGACAUAUUCCCCUCUCCUCGCCGUGCGUGACCGUGCCCUAUAUCGUCUAUUCUGCAUGUACGGUGUUGCUCCUGGCACCCGAAGACCCAGCCGCUAUGGACGGUGUGCGGACCGGAUUGGCGUGCCUUGAUGAAAUGGACGAAACCGGAUAUUGGGUAGAUAGCGCAGAAGAUGCAGCGAGAAGGAUUAGAGCGCUCGCGGAGAGAUGGGGAGUCGAGUUGGGAACUUCGAGGCGGGUGUUGGGAUUGGUUGGGAGCGGGGCUGUAGGAAAAUCUUAUGAGCCAGAGAGCGAGACUCUUUCUGUAGCCUCGACCCGGCCCACGACUAGUGGCGGCUCUGGCCAUGAACCAACAUCACCUCAAUUAUUCGAGUCUGGGUUACCUGGAGUACCAACAUAUGCAGUCGAGCCAACUACUGGCGCAUAUAUUCCACAUCUUGGUCGAAAUGAGCAUGUGUUGUGGGAGGAUGAAUAUUCCUUUAGGAAUGAACAUGUCGCGCUCUCUGAGGACAUUAAUCUGGGGAUUGAUCGAGAUUCCCACGUAUUUCGAAGUUACCAAACCAGCCUCAACGCGAUUUUGGAUACCCAAUCCCAACCAACCUUAUCGGAGGCUCCCAAAGCAAGAAAUGAUACACACGAUGCCGUCAAACGACCUGAUGCUUAUUUCCAUCAGACCCUGCCUCAAUACGCCCGCCAGCCACCCAUCCAUCACCCUUAUAGGCGAACUCCACCAAAGAUGCCGCCGCACGUAGCAUAUGCUCUCUCGCACGCAGACCCUCGACACGACAUGCGCAUUCCCUACUCGCAUUGGCAUAGCAUUCUCCCUCCCGUAGACCCAAAUAAUUCGUUUCCCCCUGAUUCAAGCGCGUGUCCAGAUAUGGGGGCAUGUUUCCAUUAUACAGUUGAACAUUCACGCGAUCCGAUCUUUGUUGAUUCAUUGGCGGAUCCAUACGCGGACGUAUCCAUGGAUUGGGUACAAGACACUGGGUCGAAUUUUUCGAGAAAUGGAGGAGUACCCGGUGUUUUGGUUGGAGGCAUUGGAGAGGCUGGUGGAUUGAUAAGGACGGGUUGGUAG